CCUCGCAGGGGAGGGGGCUCGGCGUUGACGUGGGACGCGGCGGAGGCGCCGCAGCCGGUGGUGAUUUGCUAACCUCGCAGCAGAGAGGAGUUAAGGGCGAUGAGAGCGGGUACUGCGAACUGCCGGGCUAUGCCGCCGCCGCCGCCGUAAUACCGAGAGCAACAGUUCCACCACAACACCCCUCCCAGACACAGACACACACACACCCCCACGGGCACGCACACCCACCCCAGAGCGCACGGCUCGGCAGCGGCCUUUCUAUAUAGCUGACCCUGCAAGGCCACCCUGCCCUACCACACAGACACCAGAAGGAAAGACAGCCUCAUGCCUAAGCCCCGGACAGUGCCAUGGAUCUGACAAAGAUGGGCAUGAUCCAGUUGCAGAACCCCAGCCACCCCACGGGGCUGCUGUGCAAAGCCAACCAGAUGCGGUUGGCAGGGACCCUGUGUGAUGUGGUCAUCAUGGUGGACAGUCAAGAGUUCCAUGCUCACCGGACAGUCCUGGCCUGUACCAGCAAGAUGUUUGAGAUCCUUUUUCACCGGAACAGCCAGCACUACACCUUGGACUUCCUGUCGCCAAAGACCUUCCAGCAGAUCCUGGAGUAUGCCUACACAGCCACCCUUCAAGCCAAGGCUGAGGACCUGGAUGACCUGCUCUAUGCAGCAGAGAUCUUGGAGAUUGAGUACCUGGAAGAACAGUGUCUGAAGAUCCUGGAGACCAUCCAGGCCUCCGACGACAACGACACAGAGACCACCAUGGCAGAUGGUGGUGCUGAGGAGGAAGAGGACCGUAAGGCAAGGUAUCUCAAGAAUAUUUUUAUCUCAAAGCAUUCCAUCGAGGACAGCGGAUAUACCAGUGUGGCCGGGCAGCAUCUCCCCGGAGCAGUGGUAGAGCAGAACCCUUCUGUGUCCACUUCUUUUGGCCUGGCAGCCAUGAGUCCCACCAAGGCUGCUGUGGAUAGCUUGAUGAGCAUUGGGCAGUCUCUCCUCCAGGGAGCCCUGCAGCCACCAGGGGUACCCGAUGAGUCCAGCUUAGCCAGUGUUGGGCGGCACCCUGGGGUGGCAGAGGUAAAGACCGAGAUGAUGCAGGUGGAUGAAGUGCCUGGUCAGGACAGCCCCGGGGCAGCCGAGUCCAGCACCUCAGGUGGGGGUGGGGACAAGGCUGAGGAGAGGAGCAAGGACGGGCCUGGGACCCCCACCAGGAGCAGUGUUAUCACCAGCGCCCGGGAGCUGCACUAUGGACGGGAGGAGAGUACAGAGCAGCCGGUGCUCCCUGCUGAAGCCAGCCAAGGUCCCCCUGGUCGGCCCGAGCACUCCAUUGCCUCGGCAGAGAAACACCUGGGCAUCUAUUCCACUCUUCCCAAUCACAAGGCGGACUCAGUGAUGAGCAUGCCGUCCUCCAUGACCUCGACCCUGCACAUGCAGCCAGCGGCCCUGGCUGUCUCCAUGGACUUUAGCACCUACGGUGGGCUGUUACCCCAGGGCUUCAUCCAGAGGGAGCUCUUUAGCAAACUGGGCGAGUUGGCUGUGGGCAUGAAGACUGAGAACCGGGCCAUGGGGGAGCAGUGCAGCGUCUGUGGGACUGAACUUCCAGACAAUGACGCUGUGGAGCAGCACAGGAAGCUUCACAGCGGGAUGAAGACGUACGGGUGUGAGCUGUGUGGGAAGCGGUUCCUAGAUAGUUUACGACUGAGAAUGCACUUACUGGCUCAUUCAGCUGGUGCCAAAGCCUUCGUCUGCGAUCAGUGUGGUGCCCAGUUCUCCAAGGAGGAUGCGCUGGAGACACACAGACAAACACACACAGGCACUGACAUGGCCGUCUUCUGUCUACUGUGCGGAAAACGCUUCCAGACUCAGAGCGCGCUCCAGCAACACAUGGAGGUCCACGCAGGUGUCCGAAGCUACAUCUGCAGCGAGUGCAACCGCACCUUCCCCAGCCACACGGCUCUCAAGCGCCACCUUCGCUCACAUACAGGUGACCACCCAUAUGAAUGCGAAUUCUGUGGCAGCUGUUUCCGAGAUGAGAGCACGCUCAAGAGCCAUAAGCGUAUCCACACGGGGGAAAAGCCCUACGAGUGCAACGGCUGUGGAAAGAAGUUCAGCCUCAAGCACCAGCUGGAGACCCACUACAGGGUCCAUACAGGUGAGAAGCCCUUUGAGUGUAAGCUCUGUCACCAGCGUUCCCGGGACUACUCCGCCAUGAUUAAACACCUGAGAACACACAAUGGCGCCUCCCCAUACCAGUGUACCAUUUGCACCGAGUACUGCCCCAGCCUCUCGUCCAUGCAGAAGCAUAUGAAGGGCCAUAAGCCUGAGGAGAUCCCACCCGACUGGAGGAUUGAGAAGACUUACCUCUAUCUGUGUUACGUGUGAAAGGGGCUCCAGGGGAGUAGGAAGAGGAGGAAGCAGAAGAAGUGAGAGAGAGAUGAUAUCAUCGAAGGACUGCUCACACACACACACACACACACACACACACACACACACACACACACACACACACACACACGGACUGGAUUGAUAACUAUGUUUGACCUUGGGUAUCUAUACAAGAUUCUCUCUCGAGGCUCAUACCAUGGGGCUAGGUGCCCCAGGUCACAGGUGUGGCCCACUCUGGGACAGUCUAAGUGUUUUUCAUUUGGUGGGGGGGCUUUGUUUUAUUCUGCUUUGAUGGUGUUCUUGUGUCCCUCCCUGUCAUCCUUGCCUUGAAGCCUUCUUCCUCUGACCAGGAGCCAAGUUUAGGGAAGUGGGGGUAAGGUACAUCUGGCCCAGAACUAGGCAGACUUAUUGAUUCUCCACAUAACCACUGCCUGACUCUCCUCAGACAGAGGUUGAGGGGUGGUCGGCUUCAAAUCUGGAGUUGGGGGUAAGGGGAUUGGUUGGUAUAGUAGAGAUAGAGUUUGUCAUCUGCUAUAGAAUAACAGUGCUAGUUGGCUACGUCCUGCCCCCUUUCCCCCACCACACACACAUUCUCUCUCUCUCUCCCUCUCUCCCUCUCGGCUACUUUCUUAUCUCCCUCUCCCUAUAUCUAGUAGUCCUCUGUUCAUGAUAUGAACUUGUCUUCUACCUUCACACCCACAUUACCUUCCCUAGGUACCAGGACGCAAAGUCUCUAGACACCCCCUUACAUACUGAGCCUUCCAGAGGUGAAAUGUCACCCUCUCUAUCCAACUCUUCUUUAGGAACAACAUUCUCUGAUGUGUGGCUCAGCCUGUCUCCACUCCCUUUGCCAUGCUGCUAUCCCUAAGAGCAAGAAACAGCAUGGCAGUCCACCCUUAUUUAGCCCCACUAGGGGUAGGAUUGUCCCUAAAAGUUGAAAAAAAGAAAGGUGAAAACACACAUACACACAACUUCCACAGUCCAUUUUUACUAAAGGGAAGGUACACACAACUCAAUUCAAGAACAAAUAUUAAGUACCUACUAUAUGCAUGACAGGCGCUAGGUAUGACAAAGGU